AUAUAUGGUUCGUUCGACGUGCGUUUAUUUGUUUUACAGCAAGUUGCUUUUUACUUCUAAAUUUAGAGCUCACAUACGGUAAUCAGUUAUGCUUAAGAAGAGCAAGUCCACUAAAACGAACAAGGAUCGACGACCAGGCAACGGAGUAUUUCGCUCCUCAAGUGAGCAACAGAUAUCACAGAAUAAUGUCGCAAAAUCUCCGCCAACGGGAACCUUCUGGCUGGAAAUCUCAAACAGCCUCAGAGUGGUCCCCAAUAUCCCAUCAGAGCUAGAACAGUUUAAUCCUCUCACAAAAUGUUCCCAAGGUCAUUCAAAAAUAGUAUCGGCACUUCUACUGUCUGAACAAAAUGGGCUCCUGAUAAAAGACUUACAAAGUUUUUUGGCUACCGAGCAUGCAUCGGAGAAAUUGGACGACGAGUGCUUGUUUCUUCCGGCGCCUAGAUUCAGCACGGUCAUUUUAUUCAAAAGCAUUGAUGAUAUCUAUAAAGAAGAGCAUCUCAAAAAGCAUCAAAUAUGUCCUCAAAAAACACAAUUCAUUAUUGAUUCGCUGAUUGAUCGGGGUCAAAAUCUGACACAAUUAAUUGGAAAGACUAUGAGCAUCGAAGAAAAUAAUCUUGUGUUAAUUCUCUGGGGCCGAACACCGGAAUUGACACGACACAUCCAUCAAAAACUCCAGCGUGCCCUAAAAAGUCUUGAUUAUGAUUUGUUCGUCAAAGUUGAAUGUGUCAGUGAUAAAAAUCAGGAGGAACUAACCACAUUGCUUGAAAGUUUUGAAGCUUCAUGCAGUUACGCUUUUUUCCCAUGUAUGCCUGUGAUAAACAGCUGCAACAAGGAAGUUGCCACGUACAAACUCCGCACUGAAGAGUUUCGUAGCUGUGGGGGCGAAGAAUUUUCGCUUCAAAACAGCGAACAAAUGUUUAAACUUUUUGAUAUCUUUUUCAAAGAUCGAGAGAAGAAGCUCUGCUUUGUGCCCGAUAUUAAUCCAACUUGGAACACUGUUCUUUACAAGAAUGUCGAAGACGGUCAACUGAAUGGUACUUCGGACACUCUUGAUUCCUAUCAAGAAGCAGUUGCAAUUUUCAUGCGCGAGUAUCUUUCAAAACAAGAAUCAUCAAAGGGACUCAUGCUGAAAAAAUACAGCUGCAAACAUUUUACCACACUGCUUGAUGAAGAUUCGGUUCAGCCGGGUGACUUUGAAACAGAUUUGCUCUAUAUUGGCAAUGACAAUAUUAUUGCCAUCGAAAUAGAACUCUCAGAUACGAGUGAGCAAUCCACAAAUUGGUACUACCCGAUAGUCAGCAACAAAAUUAUCGAAGUUCUUCAGAACACAAUUCCCCAUUUUCAGAUCAUUCUUUAUUACUUGACUACCAUUUUAGACAAGGAAGAAAAUUAUAGAGCGAUUGAUUUUGUUACAAAAAUUUUCCAGGUGGUGGUUGUUUUUCCAAAUAUAACAGUCGAGCAGUUCCAAAUGGCACUCGAUCACUUGAAGAAGCAAGAACUACUCCAAGAUCAAACCAAAAUUUUCAAAUUAUUGAGCUACAUUGAUACAAUUUUCUUGUCACAGAAUCUAUUUUUUGCGCUUCGACCGGAGCCAGACUUUGAUUUUCUGCUCAGAAUUGACAAAAACUUGACCUGUAUAAACUCAGAACACAAACUUUGUGAUUUUUUCAGCUCACAAUCAGACUUUCAGACUCAACUAUUUCGUGACGUAUCAGCUUUGAUUGCCUUGUCUAGUCUUAAUGCCAUUCAUUUUUCUUCUGAUAAGACUUGCAGUCGUGGUCGUGAUACCGACAGAGAAUUCAAUAGGACGAUCAGCCACUGGAAUACAAAACAGGACAACUGUUUUGUUUUGAGUCCAGAGCAACACCGUAUCCUAGCAAAUGAUAAACUCACUCAUUUGUUAGUUUGCGGGGAGCCAGGGACGGGAAAAACUUCACUUCUGCUGACUAAAUGUCAAUUUUUAGCCGAAAAAAACGACGCGGUGAAAGUAAUUUAUUAUCUUGUGCAAAACAUGAAAACAUAUUUCGUGGAGUUCCUGAACACGAUGAUUGAGAAUCAUUCAAGUGAGUCAUUGAGACGAAAGAUGACAUUACUUUCUGUUCAUGGCGACUACCACACUUUCAUUUCACAACAUCUCUCGAAAAAACUGAGGAAAAAAGAUGUUGCAAUUUUUAUCGACGAAGUUUAUUCGAAAGAGGAGAUGAUAUCAGUUUCACAAUGUCAAAAGUUUUCCAACUUGAUCUGGGCUUCAACAACUGAAGCUGGCCAAUCAAUUAGUCGGGCUCAAGUCUCCUCUCACCUGUCGAGUUUUAAACAAGAAACAUUGCAUGUCUUGCUGCGAAACUCACAACAUAUCAGUUCUAUUUCACAUCGGUUUAUCGAGUCCAAAAUUCCUAUUUUCUCUGAUAACAAAGCGGUGGCUGCUGGAUGUUUUCAGUCCUUCCAACCAGAACUCAUUAUGGAAUAUUUACAAUUGGACCGGUUGAACGAAUUUGAUUCUAAUACCAUUGCUGACUUUCUCAAGCGGAACAAAAAUUCGAGUUAUCUCGUUGUUUUAUUCACGAACAAAGAACUCAACGAAAAAAGAAAUAGGCAGGGGAGUUUUCAAAAAUUAGAUGUCGAUAGAACUAAAAUCGAAAUAGUCGAUGAUGUGAACUCGGGUUUGCAACAACUUCCGUUCACAGGUGUCGAGUUUAAGUCUGUUUUAAUAAUUGUCGAAGAUUUAAACUCUGUUGCAGCUGUAAAUCUAGCAGUCACAAGAGCUCAGUCUGAAGUCGUUAUAAUAGCGACGGAAUCAUUGAAGACAAACGAAGAAUGGCUUCAUUAUGUCGAACCUGAGAUUGCGAUAAAGUCUAGUUAUGCGAAGUUUCUAAGAGGCAUCUUAAUUGAACCUAACUGGCUGAGUCCAGAAGUUCGAAGCGACGCAGAUUACAACUGGCUGCAGAGACGAAUUGACAGUGACUGGGACGAAGCCACAUUAAGCGACGUGCAAGAACUUCAUUCUUUGGAAACGAUUCUUUCGAUUGCGGUGGCAACAGAUCGGAAACUGUUACAGAAUAUAUCGCCAGGUGGUAUUCGACGUUUAACAAUUGGAGUCAACAAAUUUUCUCUAUUCUGGACAGAUGAUGCGAGCUUACUAAUUCAAUGCAAGUUUCCAUUAUUCCUAUUUUUCCAUGCAUUAAGAAGUUGCAAAGUGAAAAAAGUAAUUUUUUCGCUCCAAAUCAUCAAACACUUCAGUACCGAAAAGAUUGCUUUGGAAAUCACUGACAAAUAUGGGUCCAGAUCUCUAUCAUCGUUAUUGUCCAAUCAAAUGAACUCAACUAACGAAGAAAUAAUUCAAGUUCUGCAAAAACUUCUGCGAUAUAUCUCCACCAGAAGGAUAUCUGAAAAAGCUGUGCUCGAGCAAAUAAGUAGCUGGAUUGAGUCAUGCAUUGGAAUUGAUGCAGUUUUCAAAAUCAUGAGGACAUUUAAAAUUGAAAAAUGUAUUCAAAUUAUGAAGUUGCCAAUAAUCAUAUCAAUUUUGAGCCAGGAACAUUAUGAUCGACUAGUCGUUAAUUGUCUUGGGGGAGAAGGAUUCUUAGAACGAGCUAUAGAUUCCAGGAACCGUGACACAGUUCGCGAUUUCAUUGAAAUGUUGAAAGAAAUAAACGUGGGCAUUCUGGAUUGGGAAUUGAACCAGCUCCUGCAACAUGCAUUUACUCUCGAUGAUAAUUUCUACGCUUGUCGCUUUACCCUUCCGUGCUUCCCAGACCCAAUAGAUUGCGCACCAGGGCGCGAGUUUAACAUUAUAACAUUCAAAUGCUCGUUGCGUUUCUUCACAUCAGUUCCACUGAAUGUGAAUAACAAAAACGACUAUUUGAGUUUUCUAAAAAGACAAAAUUGGCAAGAAGGAUUGCUGUACAGUGCCUGCAAAACAGGAAAACACAAAAAUAUAGAUUGGAUUUUGAUAUUUCUCAAGAAUCUAAUUAGUCCCAGUCUAAUUUGGCAAAUUGAACCACUUGGCUAUGGAGAAAACACAGUUGUAACAGUGUUAAUGUCGUCAGGCUGUUCUGACCAAGAAAUUUGCGCUGGAUUGAAAUCAUUGAUAGCUGCCGGGCUACCUUUUCAUUAUCUCUGGGAUCACUUCAGUUCUGAAAAUUGUCCCAUUUCUUGGAUUGCCAAUUGCGAUAUCACUGAGACAGAAAAAGGCAUGUUCAAUGACAAACUUCUUGAAUCUUACUCACUGAUUGACGUUUUUAAUGAAAUUUUUGUUCGAUAUGAUAAAUCAGAUGCGAUCAGAAUAACCAAUUGCUUUAAAUCAGAUACGAUGCUAGAGGAAGUCCUGUCAUCAAAUAAAGCUUUAUUGUUUACAUUAUAUGAAUCUCGUUUCAGAAGAUUUUUGGAUUUCUUCAUUCGGUAUCUGUUGAUAAAAUCACAAGAAACCCCUGCCGAAGAAAUAAACAAAAAUGAAAUUCCUGUGAAUGUCGUGUUUGACCUCCUAACCAGACUUGGUACGAAUCCUGCAAGGAUGUCGUGUUGUGAGGAAACAAUUCAAAUGACAACAGUUAACAUUAAAACAAUUUUGGCUGAAUUUGAUCAAAGGAAAGAUUUCGAAACGCUUGAGUCUUCCCAAAUGCUUUCCACUGGCAGCAUCACUUCAGAUCUUCAACAAAAAUAUACCGUUCUUCUUACAGAAAACGGGAUCGAAAACGGCGUCUUAAACGCUGUAUUGGCAAUAGGUAAUUUGGAUUUAGUUUUUGCCUGUAUUCGGAAGCUACUGAAGUUUCCGAAAAUUUUGUCUACUGAGCUUACGCUGUUUAAUAACUGCGACAUAGACGUCCACUCGAGCCUUCAAACCCAGUCCAAAGACAAAAAACUUGGAGAUUUGUUUGAAAUUAUGUUCGAUAGCAAGGAAGAGUUACUGCCGUUAAAUUUUGCCUUCGAUGCACCGGGCUUCGAAAACUGCAUGGAUCUUGUUUUCAAAUGGCACAGUUUUGACUUUUUGUUCCUGAUACUGUAUCCCAGCUCAUCGGAACAUUCGUUUCAAGUUUACAUUAAUUACGACAGGCUUAGGCCAGAUAUAGAAAAAAUGAAUACACACGAAAGAGUUUUGCGUAGCAAGUUCUCGGAAGAAGGGUUGCUGUACAGAGCGUGCGACACUCUGCAACCGGAAAAUAUUCAGUGGGCAUCUGAUUUCCUAAAGUCCAUUGAUGAGUGCUUGCUGGAAGUUGAAAUGUCUACGAUUUAUGCUAAUGGCAACACACUUGUGACCUUCAUUUUGAGUUCCUUCCUGAGACUACGAGCAGAAUGCGCUGAUGACUUGACAGAAAAUGACGCAGUUCAACUAGUAACAUGCGCCAAAAUUCUUCUCAAAGAAGGGUUUCCAACAUGGAUGUUAUCGUACAGAAGUCGGGACCAGGGAACGUAUGAUGCUGCAGACUUAAUUAGAAUGAUUCAAGAGAAAUGGGAACGAAUUGCAGCGUUUGAAGAAUUGAAUCAAAUCACAAGCUACGAAAUGUGUAGGGUGGACUUUAAUGGUUAUAUUAACCCUGAUCUCCAAAUUGAAAGCCAAGUCGACGAUCAAGAAUACAUAAACUAAUGAAAAAACUCGAAUUUAAUUACCUAUGAGGGCAUACUAACAGAUUAACUUUAAAUAAUUAGUUUGCUAGCCAAAAACAAUUUAUU